UGCCGCAGAGGAGCCAGGCCCAGCUUCGGUGAGCACACGCACGCCCUCCUUGUCUCUCGGCUUCACUUCCCUGCGUCUGCACUGGUUGUGCUGGAGAAGAAAUCCAUCCACCCAUCCUCCUUUGAUUAUGUCCACUGAGCAAAUGCAGCCACUGGAGCUCUCAGAAGACAGACUGGACAAGCUAGACCCUCGUUGCAGCCACUUAGAUGAUCUUUCAGACGAGUUCAUUAAGGACUGUGAUCUCAAAAAGAAGCCUAGAAAGGGAAAAAACACACAGGACACCCUGAAUGUUGAGUCAGACCAAAAAAAACCAAGGAGGAAAGAUACACCAGCACUGCACAUCCCACCUUUCAUACCAGGUGUGUUUUCAGAACAUUUAAUUAAAAGAUACGAUGUUCAAGAGAGACAUCCAAAGGGCAAAAUGAUCCCUGCUCUUCAUAACACUGACCUGGAACAGAAAAAGCCAAGGAGAAAAGACACACCUGCCCUGCACAUGUCCCCCUUUGCAGCAGGUGUGACAUUGCUCAGGGACGAGAAACCCAAAGCAAUCGUGGAAGAUGACGAAAAGGAUGGUGACAAGAUAGCUAUUUAAAGAUAGUUCCCCUGAGACCACUUGUAAAUAGGUUAGAUUGGUUCCCUAUGGUGACCUAGAGAAAAAAAUAGACUCAUUUCUGCUCUCAUUUUUAUCAUAGUCUGAUUUUAAGAUUCAGACACCUUCUUCCCAGGAGAUGUUUGACAUCAAAUUGACAGUCAUCUCUUUGUCUCUCUCUUCUUUCUGAAUAUGGUUUCCAUUCCGUGUUUUGAAUUUUUAUUUUCCAAUGCAGUGGAAAAGAAACAGAUCAUUUUACAUGAGGAGGUAACAGGGAAAGCACUGAUAUUCAGUUUCUGCAUCUUCUGGAUCAAUUCAUGAAGCAAAGAUCAUGGGUUACCUAGGAUCCUUCUUGGUUUUCACUGCUGGGUAGGACUUGACUUGGCAUUAUCCAAUCACCAGUACAAGUGGGGUUCCCUAUCACCAGUGAGAGAGGUGAGAACGUUUGGACUCUAACUCACUGAUUGCUUUGGAGAACAAGGUCUUUCAUUUCUCCUGUACUAUCCUAAGAGUCCAGCUGUCUCUGGUGAUAUUCCUAAGAUCCUUGUCACAGAUACUCUAAAUGUGAAUUUAUGAGCUGAGGGAGACAACCCAGCCUACCAUGCCUUGGCUGAUGAUACCAGCGGAAGAGAGUGCUGAUCUGUGUAGGAAGCUUAGCAGUAUAUCUUCAAAUUUAUUUUUGUUUUUAAAAAUGUUUCUUAAACAUGCUGUGCCAACAUUUGUGAGUCGUGUCACAAGUGAGUCAUUACCAAGGAUAGAUAAAAUACCAAUGUUUGUGAUGAAUUUGCUUAAAAAAGUUAAGGUCAAUUGAAAGCCAUUCUGUUAUUUUUAGCAUUCUCACUUAUUUAGACUCCAGUACACUUUCCUGGAUGAGAGGGGAGAAUAUGGUGUUAGCUAGUGAGAAGAGGUCUGUAUAUUGUCCUUGCCAUAAAGCCAUUACACCAUAAAGCCUGCAAUCUGUGGAUGCCCCGGGGAAGGCACGCAGGCCUCACCCACCAGGCAACAGACAGGAGGGAGGUGAGAACUAUUAUCAGAAGCAGGAAAAGUAGAUAUUCAAAUCAUCACACCUAAGAGUGAUGAUUUGAUAGCUCUGUAUGUAUGCUGGCUCCAACUGUCUAAUCCCUUCUGUCUUUCUGUUCUCACAAAGGUGGAAAAGAUGCAAGACCUUGCCAGAAAUAAAGAUACAUC